AUGACCGAGCCAGAGAACUUUGAGGACGAUCUCUUCGCCGACCUCUACGACGAUAACGAUGCCCCAAAGCCUGCGCCUGCCCCUGUUGCAGCUCCUGCAGCUCCCCCUGCCCCAGAGGUGCAACCUCCUACUAACACCCACGACAACGACGACCACAAUUCUACAUAUCAACCUCAAGACGCAGGGGGUGAUGAACAUAUGACUCAAGAUCAAGAUGACGAUGAUGAUGAUGUUGAUUUCAAUCUUGGCGGAGGGGGAGGCUAUGGCAGUCACACAGGCCAGUCUGGCAUGCAUGACGAUGCUCAAACACCUCCCUAUGGAACGGUUCACAAGGCAAGUGCCAAAGAAGAUGGGUAA